AUGGCCCAGCUUCUUUCUCCCGCCGAGCUCCUCUCCACAAUGUCCGUCCUCGACAACGGUACCAACAUUGGCACUGCCGCCCACAAGGCCUCGAUCUCGUCUGGCCAGACCUUCUCCCUUGAGCGCAGGGGAUCCAGCGGCUCGCAGGAAGUUAUCCACGGCAUGUCCAGCAUGACCAUGACUUCCGAGACCGUCACCACCCCGGCCCUCAGCCGUGGUGGCAGCAAGAGCGGCCGUCGCGGUUCCGGCAGCGUCCUCACCCCCAGCGGCCAGCACGUCGUUUACCACACUCGUACCCAGGACGAGGUUGACUUCCCCCACGCCGGGAAGAAGACCAUUGCGGACCACCUCCGCAAGUACGAGUCGCUCCUCACCGUCACGGCUCCCCGCAUGCGCAUGAUUGUUCAGGCGUUUGAGGAGACCCUCGACAAGGGCCUGAAGAAGAACGGCGAGACUGUGCCCAUGAUCCCCACCUACGUCUUCGGCUGGCCCUCUGGCAAGGAGCACGGCGAGUUCCUCGCUGUCGACCUCGGAGGCACCAACCUCCGUGUCUGCCUCGUCACCCUUGAAGGCGAGGGCAAGUUCGAGGUCACCCAGACCAAGUACCGCCUCACCGAGGAGCAGAAGCAGGAGGAGGGCCAGAAGCUCUUUGACUUCUGCGCCGAGUGCCUUCACUCGUUCAUCCGCGACAACCUUGGCCGCGACGAGAACGCCGACCACCUGCCUCUCGGCUUCACCGACCGCAUUGACCACGGCGAGCUCAUCCGCUGGACCAAGGGUUUCGGUGCCCCCAACGUCGAGGGCCACGACGUCGCUGCCAUGUUCCAGGAGUCGCUCAAGAAGUUUGGUGUCCGCGCCGAGCUCACUGCUCUCAUCAACGACACCACCGGUACCCUCAUCGCCUCCAACUACGUCGACCCUACCACCCGUAUUGCGUGCAUCUUCGGUACGGGCUGUAACGCUGCCUACAUGGAGACCGCCGAGAACAUUCCCAAGAUGGACUACAUUGGUCUCCCCAAGGACCAGGACAUGGCUAUCAACUGCGAGUGGGGCGCGUUUGACUCGUUUGAGCACCAGCACCUUCCCCGUACCAAGUACGACAUUAUCAUCGACGAGUCGUCCAACAAGGUUGGCGAGCAGUCGUUUGAGAAGAUGAUUGCCGGUCUCUACCUCGGCGAGAUCUUCCGUCUCAUUCUCUGCGAGCUCAUCGACUCGGGUGACCUCUUCCUCGGCCAGAACACGUACAAGCUCGAGAAGGCUUACGCGUUCGACACUGCCUUCCUCUCGCUCAUGGAGGCCGACCCCACCGACGAGCUGCUCAUGACCAUCGGUGUCUUCAACCACUUCUUCGGUAUCGAGACCACCCUCGAGGAGCGUCAGUUCUUCCGCCAGCUUGCCGUCCUCAUCGGCACCCGCUCGGCCCGUCUCUCGGCAUGUGGUAUCGCCGCCAUUGUCUCCAAGAAGGGUUACCUCGAGAAGGGCUGCUCGGUCGGCGCCGACGGAUCCCUGUACAACAAAUACCCCCACUUUGCCGACCGCAUCCACCAGGCCCUGGUCGACAUCUUCGGCGAGGCCGGCAAGAAGAUCACCACCCACCCGGCCGAGGACGGCUCCGGUGUCGGUUCGGCCAUCAUUGCCGCCAUGACCAAGAUCCGCAAGACUGACGGCGUCUACGUCAACUACUAG